AUCGCGUUCCCCAGUUUCAGUCCCUCCGUCGCUCCCCAUCAAUUGGCCUGAUCACGUCCGCCUGCUCUCCCGAACACCGUCCGGAAACAUCUGGCCUGAAUGUUCCGGGCCUCUCUGCGGUCUAUCGCAGGCCCUCUCCGUGAACAUGUCUGCUUCUCCUGUUUAGCCCAAGGCCUCCGGGGUCGCAACAAUGCACUGCGCCCCUUCUAUAGCACAGCAGUGUCGCUGUCUUCGGGCCCCGACAAGCAGCCUAUCCCGGAGUCAGAAUCCAAUAAAGGGUCCCCGGAGGAACCAGAAAAGCCUUCAGAGAAACCAAAGAGGUCUCCAAGGAGACCAAGGAGGCCUCGAAAGAAACCAGAGAAGAUCCAGCCUCCAAAACAUGCCAAACCUCGCGAUACCGAAAAGGACGCCUCUUCCUCCACGAGGAGUGAACAAGAGGAUGAUAAGUCGGGGGAGCAGUCCCCAAAGCCGGCAGGUUCUGGCGAGAAAAGCCCGAGGCGAAAAGCGAGCUCGAAACCGUCCGAAGUCCCAAAGGACGCAGAACCACGGGAUGCAGAAAAGAAGCCCAUGAGUCCUCCCAAAAUCACCAGAGUUACUCCGUCAACUCCGUCGAAGGGCAGCCCGCCCUUUUCGGUAUUCAUGAGCAUCCCCGGCCGCAAAGAGGGUGGCACAAUUAAUUCCAAAGACUUCGCUCUCAAGCCCCUGGAUGUUGAGACACCGCCGGUGCCGCGAUUGUCCUUUGGCCUGGAAAGAGUCCUGUUCAAUCCCGGCGUCUACCAACUCCGCGAUCCCCGGUCUCGCGUCUACAACUUUGAUCCUUAUCUGGGUUCAAUUAUGCCCGUCACCGAAUUCGAUUUUGCUUCUUUGAAGGACUAUAUCACGUCCUCCAAGGACAACAGCUUACGAAAUAUCGCCCAAAAAGAGAAAAAGAAGUAUAUCGGUUCUUCGUCGAGCAUGACUUCCUCGCUCUCGCACUUUCAUUAUCUUCUCUCGGCCUGGAGAGGAACUGACAUCCGCACCUUGUCUCAAGAAUUCCCGGACAAACUGCGGACUUUUACUCGGCUGCUUCGCGCCCCUUCGGCCAUGUUCCUGAAAUACCAGGAUGGAGUCUAUGCCAUCGAUGCGGACAAGGAGUUCGACUCGGCAAAUAUUCUUAUGAAUCUAGGAAAGUCUAUGGAAAAGCUUCUUACGCUGCCCAAGGAAGAAUUUGAGCGCUAUCGACGAUCCAGCGAGAACAAGAUCUCCCCGGAGGAGGAGCAAGCUGUACCAGAGUCAUAUCAUUACUCUACUCUGGGCGAUUUCGUCAUGCGAUCCCAGCUAGAUGCUUACGACCCAAGGCUUCCGGGAACCGGAAUGUUCGACUUGAAGACUCGGGCUGUCGUGUCUAUCCGAAUGGAUGCACAGAACUUCGAGCACGGCCUUGGCUACGAGAUCCGAGACCGCUACGGCGCGUUCGAAUCGUACGAGCGGGAGUUCUACGACAUGAUCCGGGCUGCCUUCCUCAAAUACUCCCUGCAAGUGCGGAUCGGCCGAAUGGACGGUAUCUUUGUGGCAUUCCACAACAUCCAGCGUAUCUUCGGGUUCCAGUACGUGAGCCUGCCCGAGAUGGAUCUUACGCUGCAUGGCCAAAAAGACACAUCCCUGGGUGACCACGAAUUCCGGCUCAGUGUCUCGUUGUGGAACAAGGUCCUCGACAAGGUCACCUCUAGAUUCCCCAAGCAAUCUGUCCGCCUCCACUUUGAGACCCGGGACUCCGUCAAUGCCCCAUUCAUGUAUAUCUUCGCCGAGCCCGUGACCGACGAGGAGAUCCAUGCCAUCCAGACCAAGAACCAGAAGGAGAUCGAUGCCUAUCAGCAACGUAUUCUCGACCUUGCCCCGCGUGAGGAUAGCGCGUCCACCCCCAGCCAGGACGGCAGUCAAGACGCUUCCCCGCCUCCCACCAACCAGACGACGGAGGAGCAGUCAGACGUGAUGGAGGACGAGGGACGUCACUAUGAUUCCUCAGCGCCGCCGGACGAGUCGUUCCUUUCCGACAUGCAGAAGCAAGCCGAAGAGGGCGACAGCGAUAAAGCGUCGCUCGACAACGGCAAAGAGCUCCUCGCCAUGAGCCUGAUGGUCCGAAACAAGGUCAACGACAAAUACGUGACCCGGCCCUCUGGCUUCACCGAGAAGGACGACUGGUUCGUCGAGUACGGCCUCAGCGAGAUCGAGGGAGCACACGCCCACGAUCUAUAUAAAGCGUGCCAGCAGCGACGGGCCAAGGCCCUCGCCGGUCGUGGAGAGGACGAAACGGAAGUCGCAGCCAAUGUAUAUAUUCGAAAGCUGCGAGAGAUCACCAAAGCCGGCCGGGUCUUCCGGGCGAAAGAAGAUAUGAAAGACAAGCAGGACGGUAUCGUCGUUCUGAACGAAGUGGAUUAAGAAGAGUGAGUGAGUCAAUUAGGAGAGGGAAAAAUGAAAGCGUGCCUUUUUUUUUUUUUUUGCUCCGUUUUCUUUCUCGUUUUCUUAUGCAUGGCAUUCAUCAAUACAUGAUCUUUCUUAUAGAUACUUUUUUGUGUCUUCUCGUGUACUAUAAUACAGUUAUUGUCUUUGCCUUUUUUUUUUUCGUGUUGCGUUUGCUCUUGUUAAAACCUGGGACCAAUCCAAGUGUUGGGGCUGUUCCUGGUUACUUACUACUAUCUUAUUGAGUUGGGUAUUUUGCAGGACACAAGGGGAAUCACGGAUCACAGAUGGGCAAAAUACCGAGGAGUUUGGACUUGAAUGGGGGCGAUUGUAUUUUUAGAAGUAGAUAUCCGAUACUUGAUCUUUUC